AUGCCUGUUUUCGGAUUACUUCAGGACUACGACUUUGAGUAUGGCUUGGAGUUGCACAGCCAUUCCUUUAUGCUCGUGGUGACCGUGACAUGGCAUCUCAGCAGCAUGGAUGAGCUGCUUCGAUUUGCGGCACUGUACAUCAGCAAGGAUUGUUCGCCUGGUUGGGACAGCACCGUUAACAAGGUUGAGCCUUUGGGACAGCACACUGUGGCGGAGGCGGUUUGGCGCGUGCAUGGGGUCGAUGGUGUUGGUGUGAAGACCGACGAUGUACUUCGUCGCAACUGGCUCAUUCCGGAGAAAGAUUCUCCGUACGAUGCUUGGGUUGUUGAGGCGUCGGCCACAGACGAGGAUCAGCCUUUUGGUGUAUCACUACCGCCAGUGGAUGAUGGACAUGUGCGCGCUGCAGAUGUUUUGAAGUUCACUGCAAUCACCGGCGACCAUGACAAGGGCGCAGCCGGAUUCACCUUAAAGGUCCGACACGUUCUGACAGUGUGUCCCGGAUCGCUGAGUAUGGCGUUGAUGCGUUUCAUGCCGAAGUGGGGCCUCCGAAAAGCGCUUGGCUCAGCUUUGGAGCGCGCGGUGCGCGUCACGCCUGAGCACGUCCAAAAGCACUACCACCGUUUGGAAGACACGGUUCAAAGCGGACCAGCAGCCCGAUUUUACGCAGCACUGAGUAGCAGAAUUCUACAAAAGUGA